CCCCCCCCACAAAACCCCUCUCCCCACCCCCAGAGACUUUUCGUGACUUCCGCCAGUUGCUAGGGCGAGCGGGAGUGGAGGGGCCCCUCCUUCAUCCCCCAGGCUCCCUCCCUUCCUGAAACUGAGGCCUCUGCCCAGCGCCCCAGGACCAGGCGUUGGGUACCACCCUGGUUGGCUGUCCAACUCAAAUGGGCGGGGCAGCAGAUAAAAGAGAAUGCGCCGCGCACUCAGGACUCCUGCACGGUUGCAGCCCCUGCAGCUCAGCCCCGAGAACCUACGCCCCCCACCGCCGGCCAGGGUCGCCCCAGCAACCACGAGCCCAGCCAAUCGGCGCCCUGGACUGCACUAGAGCCAUGGCCGGCAGAAAAGCACUGAUCGUCCUGGCUCACUCAGAGAGGACGUCCUUCAACUAUGCCAUGAAGGAGGCUGCUGCAGCGGCUUUGAAGAAGAAAGGAUGGGAGGUGGCCGAGUCAGACCUCUAUGCCAUGAACUUCAAUCCCAUCAUUUCCAGAAAGGACUUCACAGGUAAACUGAAGGACCCUGAGAACUUUCAGUAUGCUGCUGAAGCUACUCUGGCUUAUAAAGAAGGCCGUCUGAGCCCGGAUGUUGUGGCUGAACAAAAGAAGCUGGAAGCCGCAGACCUUGUGAUAUUCCAGUUCCCCCUGCAGUGGUUUGGAGUCCCUGCCAUUCUGAAAGGCUGGUUUGAGCGAGUGUUCAUAGGAGAGUUUGCUUACACAUACGCUGCCAUGUACGACAAAGGACCCUUCCGGAGUGGCAUUCUGCAUUUCUGUGGCUUCCAAGUCUUAGAACCUCAACUGACAUACAGCAUUGGGCACACUCCAGCAGACACCCGAAUUCAGAUCCUGGAAGGAUGGAAGAAACGCCUGGAGAAUAUUUGGGAUGAGACACCACUGUAUUUUGCUCCAAGCAGCCUCUUUGAUCUAAACUUCCAGGCAGGAUUCUUAAUGAAAAAAGAGGUGCAGGAUGAGGAGAAAAACAAGAAAUUUGGCCUUUCUGUGGGCCAUCACUUAGGCAAGUCCAUACCAACUGACAACCAGAUCAAAGCCAGAAAAUAAGUUUCCUAAGACUGGAUCUCCUCAUAAUAUGUUAUCAGAUCUGGGUAUCUUUCCAAGCUUCCCUAACUCACUUUAGUUUUUAAGAUUUGGGUUUUUUUUUUUUUCCACAAGGUAUAAAUAGGAGAGGGAAUCGACUAUAUUCAUGCAUUUUUGGAUCAUUUUAUUAUUGAAUGUCACUGAUUGUUAUGAUUACUAUCAUGGCAUAUAACUAAAAUCCGACUUGGCUCAAGAGGCCACUUAGGGAAAGAUGUAGAAAGAAGCUACAAAAUGUUCUUUAAAGGCAUCUACACAAUUUAAUUCUCUUUUUAGGGCUAAAGUUUUAAGGCAAAGUCUGGCUAGGUAUCAUUCAACUCUCCAAUGUUCUGUUUCUAUUCAUCACCUCUCUGGAGUUUAUGGCAGAAGGGAAUUGCUCAGAGAAAGAAAAGACUGAAUCUAUCUGCCUUAAGGGACUUAACUUGUUUGGCAGUUAGUAAUCUAAUGCUUGUUUAUGAUAUUUCUUGCUUUCAAUUACAAUGCAGUGAUCAAUAUGCCUUACGUGAA